AUGAAUAAAAAUAUUUCAAAAAGAGAUUAUAGACAGCGAGCACAUUCUAAUCCCUUUAAAGAUACUGACAUAACAAUACCAACAUCACCAGAUUCUAUAAACUGGCUGGAAUAUUUCAAAAAUGGACAACCACCCAGUUUCUUAGAUGUUGGUUGCGGUUAUGGUAAAUUUUUAAUGCUUGAAAAUCAAAAUAACAUAUUGGGCCUAGAAAUAAGAGAUAAGGUAUACAGAUAUGUAAGAGAUAGGAUUAAUAAAGAUAGUCUUGAUAAUUGUGCAAUAAUGAAAACUAACGCUCUGCUUUUUUUACCAAACAUUUGUCAUAAAUUAAGUAUAGAAAAAAUUUUUAUUUUGUUCCCUGAUCCACAUUUCAAAAAACGAAAACAAAAAGGGAGAGUUAUUUGUAAACAAAUGAUGCACAUUUAUGCUUAUAUUCUUCGUGAAAGGGGUAGACUUUAUAUUUCUACCGAUGUGAUAGCAUUGUUUAAUGACAUGAAAGACGUUAUUAAAAAAAGUGGACUAUUUAAAGAAAUUGAAGAUCCAGAGGAUAUUUAUUUUGAAAGGACGUUAAAAGAAACAGAUGAAGCUUUAAGAGCGGGCAUAAAAACGGGGCAGAUAUUUGCUUGUAUUUUUGAAAAAAUUAAUUAA